CUCUCCUACAAACCCUAACUAUGGACGCCUCUCACUCUACCAAACGAGCCCUCACUUACUCUUCUACUAGUGAUGAUGAAGAAGAGAAUCAUCCAACAUUUGAAGUGGUUAUGACUGAUUCAUACAUCAACUACGACGAUCUGUAUAUUCCAAGAAAAAUCUACAAGCAUUUUCCUCCAACAGUUGAAAUCGCGCUUCUUCAUUAUCGUGGCAAAGAGUGGUUUGAAUCUACGAGCGUUGGUGAUCGAAGAAGGUUCAAAGAAGGCUGGAAACUUUUUGUUUUGGAUAAUUAUGUCAAGCGAGGUUUCGUCGUCAAAUUUACGUUGGUUGAUGUUUCAUCACUAUAUGUUGACUUCAAUGUUGAAGUGAAGGGAGAAGGAACUUCUGAUCGUAAUCCGGUUGAAAUUGAUUAGUUUUUAGGAUGUUUUGUGUUUUCUAUC